UUUCACUUUCAGCGUAGGGUUGCAGAAAUCAGACCUGUUACUUUAUAAAGGUUUGGAGGUUUCAGCUUCCGAAUUUCCCACUCGCAUUCGCUCAAACCCAUCACUCUCUUCCGUCUUCUCCUUCGUAUUCCACACUUUCAUUCUUCAUCUUUUCACUCUCAUUCAGAUCGAGGGUUAAGCUGAACCACCAUGGCAGCCAUGGCUCAACUUCGUUUUUCUCCUCUCUCUGGCUCCUACCAUGCCGUUUCGGACGCUCGCGCAUUCAAUCCCCAUCACGUUAUUUCUUUCCCUUCUUCCUUGCACUCUCGAAAUCGAUCUCUGUCUCUCAUCAACCCAAACGUCUACGAACCCAAUUUGCCGGAGAAUCUGCAAAUUUCAUUCGCUGGCGGUGAUGGUAGCGACGGAGUUGGGCGCGGAGGAGGUGACGGUGACAAUGGCAAUCGGGGCGACGAUGGGAAUUCCGAUGAUCCAUCUUCAACGUCGGGUGAGGGACUUGGGAUUCUUGGUAUGUUUUUGGCGGGAUGGAGAUCUCGAGUCGCCGCUGAUCCCCAAUUUCCUUUCAAGGUUCUGAUGGAGGAACUGGUGGGUGUGAGCGCUUGUGUGAUCGGAGACAUGGCUUCUCGUCCAAAUUUCGGAUUGAACGAGCUGGAUUUCGUUUUCUCCACGCUUGUUGUUGGCUCUAUUCUGAAUUUCACCCUCAUGUAUCUACUAGCACCCACCAUGGCUUCUUCCUCCUCCAGUUUACCUUCAAUCUUUGCAAGCUGUCCUAAGAGCCACAUGUUUGAACCAGGUGCUUAUGGGAUCCUGGAUCGAUUUGGAACUCUAGUGUACAAAGGAACUGUGUUUGCAGCAGUUGGGUUCGCUGCUGGGCUUGUAGGGACUGCAAUUUCAAAUGGGUUGAUCAAGAUCAGGAAGAAGAUGGAUCCAAACUUUGAGACUCCAAACAAGCCUCCUCCUACACUGUUGAAUGCUGUGACUUGGGCAGCUCACAUGGGAGUUAGCAGUAAUCUGAGGUACCAAACUCUGAAUGGGAUUGAGUUUUUGUUGGAGAAGGGUCUUCCUCCAUUGGCAUUCAAGUCGUCUGUGUUUGUCCUGAGGUGCUUGAACAAUGUUGUUGGAGGCAUGUCCUUUGUGAUACUGGCGAGGUUGACUGGUUCACAGAGUGUGUCAGAACAACAGAAGCCAUUAGCUGCUGUUGCUGCAGAGAAGGUGCGUUUGGAGAACAGAGAAGAGAAGUUGCAGAGCAAUGAGUCGAUAGCGAAGUGAUAACCAAUGGAAGGAAUCAAAGACAAGGACCAUUACUUGGUUAGUCAGUGAGUUAGGCUAUGAGAGGCUUUAGUUUCUUCUGAGUAUUGCGCUUGCCAUUUAUCUUUUGUAGAGGAACUAGCUAGACUGCUAGAGUGAGGAGUUCACCUAUGGAUGAAUGAGUUUAUUUUGUAGUUGGCCAGUUAGGUAUGAAAAAUUUUUCUUGAUAAUAAAUAAUUUUAAGUUUAAAUAUCA